AAAUUAAAAACAAAACAUCCCCCCACCCUCUCCCUCUCUCUCUCUCUCUCUCUCUCUCUCUCUAUUUUUCUGCUUUUCAUUUCUGACACACUGACACAAAAUGGAGAACUAUCAGUACCCCUCCUACCCAGAUUCCGGCGACUCCUCGCCGCGUUCAAGGGAGAUCGACUUCGAAAACCCGCCGCCGUGGGACGAGCAGCAGCAGCAGAACCAGAACUACAAAGCCAAGUUCAUGUGCAGCUACGGCGGCAAGAUCCAGCCACGCACCCACGACAACCAGCUCUCCUACGUCGGCGGCGAGACCAAGAUCCUUGCCGUCGAUCGCAACAUCAAGUUCCCCGCCUUUCUCUCCAAGCUCGCCGCUCUCUGCGACGCUACGCCGCAAGACCUAACUUUUAAGUACCAACUCCCCGGCGAAGACCUCGACGCGCUCAUCUCCGUCACCAACGACGACGACCUUGAACAUAUGAUGCACGAGUACGAUCGCCUCUAUCGCCCUUCUUCAAAACCUGUUCGGAUGAGACUCUUCCUUUUCACCCUUUCUUCUAACCCUAAUUCCUCUUUCUCUUCCGAUCGUGAUCGCUUCGUUGAGGCUCUUAAUUCGGCUCCUCUUCCUCCCCAACCCGACCCGGUUAAGAACCCGCCCGUUCCUCCUUCUAACGUUGAUUACCUCUUCGGUCUUGAUAAGGCUGUCGCUCCUCCGCCUCAUCCUCCUUCCUUUGCCGCCGUUAAGUUCCACGAUCCUGUGCCUGAGCCUGUCGCACCGCCGCCGGAGUACCAGUCUCGCGGAGGGGCCGUUGAUCGGGUUGUUGGAUCGGAUCCGAAUGUGAACCCGAUUGAGAUUCAGAGGCAGUUGCAGCAGGAGAUGCAGCGUUUGCAAAUCGCGGAGAGUGAUUAUCGGAGGAGGAGUGAGGAUGGAUUUGCCGGAGGAUAUGCUGGUGGCGGCGGCGGUGCUGAUUAUUACUUGCAGAAGCUGCCGGAGAAGGUACCGCCGUCUAAUUCGCCGGCUGGUGUUCCGCAUCCCGCGGGGUACUGGCCGGAGAAGCAGUUUUCGGGCGAGGGUUUUCAGACGACGAUGACAACGGCUGCAGGUGGAGGGGACCAGCCGGUGUAUGUGAUCCCGGCACCGGGGACGUUCUACCACGCGCCAAUGGUGCGUCCUCCGGCGGCGCAGGUGACUCAGGGGUACUACACGGUGCAGAGAAUGGGUUCCGAUGCUUACCGUGAACAGCCGGUUUACGGAGGCGUCGCUCCCCCGAAAGCGGCGUUUUCGUCUGCGGGUCCUGCGAGCAUGGCACCGGCUCAGCCGGUCAAGGCUUCCGCGUACGCGGAAGGAUACGGCGUCGUUCGGCCAGCUGGGGUGCCCGAUAAUGCGGCUUACACGCAGGUGGCGUAUGAUAGUGCGAGUGGGAGACAGGUUUACUAUACUGCGCCGGGAGGGGUGGUCCACGCGCCCCCUUACCAAGGAGUUCCACCGGUGGUUAGUGCGGACGGGAGACCGGUUGGAGUUUCGUUGGGCCAGGAUGUUAAAGUGGUUAACAAGGUUUCCCAAGGUUCUGUGUGAUUAUAGUUGUGAUUAAGAUUGUGAUUAUGUUAAUUUUGAAAUAAUACACUAAAUAUGUUUUGCUCUUUUUUCCAUGGUUUAUAUAUAUAAUACCAAUAUUGUUAGCUAAUAAUAUUAUGCUUAUUGUUUUAAUAUCCUUCUAUCUGCUGAUUAAUGUUUGUGUUUUUUUCUUUCUUUUUCUUACUCCCAUCUCUAAUUAUAUUCUAGGUUGAGUUACCAACGUUUAUAGUUCAGUUGAGAAUCAAUUUGUGCCUCGGGGGUUUUGUAGUUGGGAGUUGCAAAGGCUUUUAUGUUUUCAUUUUACUUGAGAAUUACCAGGACU